UUCCCCAAGAAAUAACUUUUUCCUCGACUAACUGGGAAAUUGAUCCGAAACACUUACAGAUUGCAUUCGAUAUAAAAGAUUGCCAGUCCAAAGUAUUUUCUAAGUUAAUCGAAGGUGGAAAAAAAGAGGUAACCAUUACUUUGAAAAUACUGAAUGGGGCUGAAUGGGCAAAGGAGGAGGGCAAUCAAAUUAGUUUUAGGAGUGAUGAAGUGAAAAUUGCCUUUAAAGAAAAAACUUCCCUAAUUCCAGUCAAACAUUUUGCCGGAACGGAUGAAGAGGGCAAAAGCACUUAUCGCAAUGAAUAUAUUGAGGCGGAGGCUUCUUUUUCCAAUUCCCUCUCCUCGGAAGACCGUGUCGGUUGUAGGAUUGAGCCGACUACAAUUAAAACCGCCGAUGGAGUUCCUUUGCUGGAACUAAAAGAUAUUGAUAAUUUACUAAAUGACGAAGUGGAAAUUAAACUAGCCACGAUAAAUGAUAAAGAAGGAGAAGGGGGUGAAGAACACCCAUAUGCCCUCGCCAAUCAAGCCGGUCGAAUCUUAAAAAGGAUUGAGAAAAAAAGUAUCCCAGAAACAUUACAAGCCCGAGUUGACCACUUACAAGCCGAACGAGAAAAAUUAGAAAAAGAAUUAACCGCUACUUAUUUUCUGCAAAUUAAUACUACUCUAAAUACGGCUCAGAGAAUUAAACUAUAUGGAGAUGAGGUUUAUUUAAAACUAGACUUAGAAAAUCCAAUAGAGUUGGACGGUCAAGCAGUUGAAUUUUUGCUGGUAAAAGGAGGUGAGGAGGCAGACAAGUUUACUAAUUUUGCUAAAAACAGGAACUUACUAAAAUUAACGGCUCAGAAAGGAGUGGAAACGAUUACUGUCCGUCGCGACAAAGAGCAGGCGGAAUUGACCGGUAAUAAAGUAGAAUUAAAAAUUACCCCCAUCGGAGAGACUAAUUUGCCUCCGCUGGAAACGAUUACUUUCCGCUUUUAUCAAAAGGCGAAAAUUAAGGUCGGCGACCGAGCC